CCGCUAGGCGGCAGCACAAAAGGUUAACGGUCCUCUUUGUUUGGGCCGGAAGUGGGGCUGCCGACUGCAGGCGCGAUGGAGGCGGUGGUGUUCAUCGUGUCGCUCGUGGACUGCUGCGCACUCAUCUUCCUGGCGGUUUACUUCAUCAUCACCUUGUCUGACCUAGAAUGUGACUACAUCAACGCACGGGCCUGCUGCUCCAAGCUCAACAAAUGGGUCAUUCCAGAGAUGGUUGCGCAGUGUCUCUCCACCAUGCUCAUGAUGGUGUCCAUGCACUGGUUCAUCCUGCUGCUCAACCUGCCUGUAGCAGCCUGGAACAUCUACAGGUACGCCAAGGUCCCUAUGGGGAACAUGGGAGUGUUUGACCCAACCGAGAUCCACAACCGAGGCCUGCUCAAGUCCCACAUGAAAGAAGCCAUGAUUAAAUUGGGUUACCACCUGCUCUGCUUCUUCAUUUACUUGUACAGCAUGAUUCUGGCUCUGAUCAAUGACUGAUGGAGCUGAUCGGCCUCUUCCGUGUAUGAAACGUCCGAGCACAGGUUUAUCAUCAUGCUGACACUGUCAGAGACUGUCUUCACUCCUGCACAUCAACACUACCUUAUCACGUAGCUCAUAGUCCUGAAGUUCCUGCACAAACCGCCGUCUUCCUGUGAGGACGGCGUCCUGCCAGCAGCUGAGGAGAGAACAUUUUCAGAGCUUAGCAGUUUCAGCCCCACAGGCUGGCCCUGUUUCUGCUGACCUGUUUAUUAGACAUCAGCAGAGUUCUGGUUUAGUUGUGUCCAUGUUUUUAUAAAGAGGCAAACUGACGCAGACAGAUUCUGACUCACAUCGAUCCUAAAAAUCCAGACUGAAGGAUUCUGACUCUAGAACAGAUCCAGACUUCUGUGUUCUGCUGUGACCAUUGUCAGAGGUCCCUGUGAAAUCCCUUCUCCCCUCUGUAGGGUCUAUGGGUUUUUCCCAAAACCCUCUGCAGGUUGUCCACAAACUGGGAUCUGGGUUUUACUUGGGAGAACACCUGGGCACAGCUUUGUUUGAAACAGUUCUUACUGGUUCCGCGUGGUUCUGAAGAACCUCAGUGUGGACAUCUUUCAGCCGAACUGGAACUUUUCCAAGGAACUCUGUGGACUUCUGCAGCCUUCUAAACAACCACUCCUCUGCAGGGAUGGAGCUCCUUGGGUUCUGAAGAAGUCUGGCAUUAGUGGGCGGUUGUGCUCCUUGUUCUGUUGAAGGUCCCUCUGAUGUUAAGCCAGAGACUCUGUGAUCAUCAUGGUGACUCCUGCUGGGAUGGAGACCAAAGCUUUCACUUUCUUCUGUUCAGGGGCCCUGCUGCGAUGCUGGCCUCUUCAGACCAAUGACCAUCAGAGUCAGUGACCCCGACAGCGUGUGGCCGCCAUGUGACACCGCUGUAGUUUGUGCUUGAACGUCGGUGCAGUGUGAAAUGACUGUGAAGAUGUUUCAUGAAUAAAAUGGGCCAAAGUCA